CGCACUACGAUAAUUAGCCGCUGUUAUAAUAACGGGAAUAACCGGAUUAUGAAGAUUUGAGGAGGAGAAAUCGUCAGAAUACGACGUCAUUCAAGCGAGGGAUUAAGUUAGGGGUCUUCACUCAACUGGUCGCCGUAAUGGGGCUAGACCGGCGCCGGAGAGCAUCGUUGGCUCUCACGUUUAACUUCCUCGCUUUGCUACUGGCAGUGUUGGCUCUCACCACCAGCUACUGGUGCGACGGGACGCGGAAAGUGGUCAAGCCGUUCUGCACGGGCCGGGUGACUACCAAGCAGUCGUUCUGCAUCAGGUUCAACAGCUCCAACAUCAACGAUACGCGGCUGGUGCAGUACAUCUGGGAGACCGGGGAAGAUAAGUAUGUGAUGAGGAAGUUUCACACCGGCAUCUGGUUCUCCUGCGAGCAGAACGUCAACAUGAUCGGUGAGAAAUGCAGAAGUUUCCUUUAUGUUGCACCUUCAAAUGAAAGAGGAGUGCUGUGGCUGUGCAUUAUUGCAGAGUGCCUGUACAUCCUCCUGCUGGGCACCGGAGGAAUUCUCAUGUCCAUAGAGGUGUGUCAAUUUGGCAAUGUCAUUGACGGUCUCAAGCUUAACGCCUUCGCUGCCAUAUUCACUGUGCUUUCAGGUCUGUUGGGUAUGGUGGCCCACAUGAUGUUCACCACAGCCUUCCAGCUGACUGUUAGUCUGGGCCCAGAGGACUGGAAACCUCAAACAUGGGACUACAGCUGGUCGUACAUUUUGGCAUGGAGCUCCUUCACAGCCUGCAUGGCAUCCUCUGUUACCACCAUCAACCGCUACACCAAAACCAUCCUGGAAUUCAAGCACAAGCGCAGGAACAUUGAGAAGAACCUGAAGAUCAAGCAGAACCUGCUGGAACUGGACUCUCCGGAGCAGGUGUGGGACAUGUACAUCAGCUCAGUGCCAAACACUGCUGAGGAGCUGCUAGAUCUGUCAUCCAAUGGCCGCAAACUCUCCAGCACCUCCAUCUUUCUGGACCUCAACGACCUGCCCGACCCACAGGGAGAGGAGUACUGCUAAGAGGAGCAGCGUGUAGCAUUUUUAAACAUCAGCAGGUCAUUGUCAUGUUAAAUGUAGUACAAUAAUAUAAUUGCUGUAAACUAAAUGUGACCAUAGUUGAGAGCUCUGGUGAUUAAUUACCCCACAAUAAGCUGAACAUCACACACAUAUCACAUAUAAAGUUAAUGUGCCUAACGUGUUAGCAAACAGUUUCAAAAUCUUUUUAGCGUUUUUACAUGCACACGCUCGAACCAAGCACAUGCUCUGCUUGACUCGGUGCCUCAGCCCACGGCAGGGAUUUGCAUUUUGAAUACAACAGAACAAAUCCGCUUGGUUGUCUUCAGUGCUGGUGAGUCAGUGCAGACUGUUCUCAUGAACCAUUUGUACAUACAGUAUGACUAUGAAAAGUAAUGCACAUGCGAAGUAUGUUGAGACCGACCCACCAGCCAGAUAAUUAAAUAAUGAACAAUUUAUUGAAAGUUAUUGAGUUAUUGAAAAGAUAGAAGAAAGGGCUUGACACGUGCCAGAUGUCCCAACACUGUACCUCUGCUAAACCAGAUUAAUAAUGGACUAAUAAUCUUCCAUAGUCAAAAUCAGAAUCCUGUUGUUGUGGUAUAGGGUGUGACGAGGAAAGAUGCACACCGACAAAGCUCAAGGUAAUUACUAUACAGAAAUAAUACCCAAUAAUGUAUGAACAUAAAAUUAUUAUUCAGCAUUUUAAGUCAUAUUGUUUCUUUGCAAAUGCUCUGUGGCCCAGUAUUAGCCAUCUCAUAUUAGAAACCCUCAUUCAUGCUUUUAUCACAUUGGACUACUGUAAUGAAGUCCUGUCUGGGGUCCCUAGCUAAACCCUAGACAGGCUCCAGUAUGUCCCAAACUCUGCCGCCAGGGUCUUCGCCCACACCAAGACCUGGCAGCACAUCACCCCAACCCUCAUCCACCUUCACUUGCUCCCAAUCAAGGCCUGCAUCAAAUAUAAAAUCCUCCUCACCUACAAAUCUCUUCAUGCCCUGGCCCCACAGUACCUCUCUGACCUCCUCCAUCCAUACACACCACCCCGAAACCAGUGGUCCUCAGAUGCUGGCCUGCUCUCUAUUCCCCCACAUCAUCCCCACUCUGUACAUUCAGAGACAGAGCCUUUAGUGUUGCAGCCCCAUCCCUCUGGAACACUCUUCCUGCAGAUAUCCGAAAUGCUCCAUCCCUGGACAUUUAAAAAAAAACUACUCAAACACCACCUGUUCACCACAGCCUACA